AUGGGUUCUGGGUCCUCGGUCCCUGCAGUACCAGCGAAGGUUGAGGAUUGGCUCCAAAAAGUCAUCGACAAGGAAAGGGAAGAGAGGGCAUGGCUGGAAAAGAGAUAUGAUGAGGAGAAGGCGAAGGCCGACGAGCUCCGGUCAGAGCUUGAAGCGCUCCGCCGACUUCUGCCAGGAUCCGCGGAAGCUGACGCAUGCGUCGUCCAGAGGCCUACCACACCGAAUAGAACCUCGAAGCAAG